AUGCCACUGACAGUAGCAGGCCAAUACCCUCCAUCGGAAUCUUCGCUCAAUGCGAAAGAUGGUAAACCAACUUAUCUGAUCUUCUAUUCCGAUAUUGAGGGCGGUAAGAUGUGGUGCCCUCAUUGUAGGGACGUUGAAGGGAUUGUCAAAAGUGCAUUUACGGGUAAAUCGAAGCCUGAUGGCGUUAUAACAUAUAUCGGACCGUAUUCGGGGUGGAAGAACGUUCCUUCCCAUCCUGCAAGAAUAAAAUACGGGAUCAAGUUCGUACCUACAAUAAUCAAAUUGGAAAAUGGUAAAGAGAUUGCUCGUGUAGAGAAACCUGGUAUUCUAGAUUCAGCUGGAUUUGAGGAUUUCUUAUGUUUAUGA